AGGAAAUGCUGUGGUUUGCUGUGUUAAGGGAGGCUUGCCCUUUUACACUGAGUAGUUAGAAAGUUAGUGACACAUUUUCAUUGUUCCACAAUGACAGGCUUCACUGCGAUUCUUUUUGCUACAGCUGUGACUACACUGCACAUCACAGUUGUGGCUGGAGAUGACAUAAUCAAUGGGAAAAAAGCUUUAAAAAAUUCCUUGCAAUACAUGGUCUCAGUGCAGGAAAAUAAAAAACAUAUAUGUGGAGGAUUUCUGAUAUAUCCUCAAUAUGUGCUCACAGCUGCACACUGUGCAAGUGAAGAGAUGACAGUCGUUGUUGGCGACCAUAAUAUUUCUCCAAGCAAAAAUCUAAAAAGAUUUGAUGUUGUUCGCCAAUUUAUACCAAAAACAUUUAAAAACGUUAAGAUGGGAGAUGACAUCAUGCUUCUUAAGAUUUCCAGGAAAGUAGUUUUGGGAGGAAAGGUGAAGACGGUGAAAAUCCCACAUCAACAUUACAGUGUUAAAAGCAAUACCCAGUGCUUGGUUGCUGGAUGGGGUUCCACUAAACAGUGUGAAUUUGUUAAUGACCUUUUGGCCUUGAAUGUAACAACUGUUGACAUCCGAGACUGUAAGGAAGCAUGGAAGAAAUACAAAGAAAACAUCACACGACUUCCACCAAACGUCAUCUGUGCUGGAGGAUAUAAACAGAACAGUGGAGUGUGCUUGGGCGAUUCUGGAGGCCCGUUGGUGUGCAAUUCAGAGGCAGUGGGCAUUGUUUCCUUCAACAUAAAGGAGUGUAAAUAUCCUGAUGUACCGAAUAUCUACACUGAAGUUUGGAAACAUGCACGUUGGAUCAAAGCAAUGAUGAAGAAAAAAUAACCGUAAGAUUUUUGUGUCCACAGCACUUGCAAAUUAUGCUUAAUCAUACAAUACUGACCAAAUCAAAAAGUUUUGCUGAUGACUUAAUUGUCUCUGUAUUUCCACAAUUUCCACCUCUAUGCAUGAAGAUUGUUGUUUAUGAGAAAAAAUGUCUCAAAAUGUCCAUGCUUUCGUGUACAUAAUGGGUUACAUUAAUAACACAUUUAAAUAUAGACCUAGUAAAUCAGGGAUGGAUACAUCAGAUGCCUGUGACUGAAUUUUGGUUUGAUACACACAUUUGAAAUGACAUUUUCCAUCAGAAGGGUACAAAAUGAGUACAUUUUCUUCCAGCAAAAUGUGGGUAAAAGCAGGAGUUUAACAUUCAAAAUGGGUUGCUUGUGCAUUAUUUAUUUUUAUUAUUUUUUUGAUGAUACUAAAAUUUUAAACUCAAAUUUUUGUGUUUUUAUUUUCUAAGAAUAAAAAAUACAUAAAUGGGCCAUUCUACAGAAUUGGUUCAAAGUCAGAGUUGGAAACGUCUUUAAAAAAAGUUUUGGGAAGGCUGCCCACCUCCCAAUUGAAAAUACCCAAAUAAGCUUAAUAUAUAUAAAAUCAUAAUUUAUUUAGAUUUUAAAUAUGAUUUGGGGUUUCAGUGGAUAAUAGAGGGAUCUUUUCAAAUGCUUUCUAAAUGUGUUUUUCGGUCAUGGGACAGCAGUUUGGACCAAUUCUGUAGAAUGGCCCAUACAACAACAGGGUCAUGGUAAGAGCCUGAGUGUUGCAACUGAAAACUUCAAAGAAGGUCAAGACCACAAAGUGGCAGACCAAAAGUUACCAUAUAAAGCAGUGAUAAAGACAUAGGUGUUUAAAAGCAAUGUUUCAUUCUAGGUGAUAUUUAGUAAACAUAUCCUAUAGUUUACCAAAAAAAAAAAAUGAUUUGUCCAAAUCUGGGACUCCCUAUGCAUGAUGUGUGCUGCAUCUAUCUGUGAAAAAAAAAAAUAUUCUAGAAAAAUUUUACUAUACAACUGAAAUUAAGCCAUUAC